CCUGGGACGGAGGGAUUUUUUUUUUCUGGACGUUUCUGCAGCUUAUUGUCGACGUCGCGGUGAGCUCAGAGUGAAGGGCAGGCCGGCAGAAACAGCAGAGAAACACCGAGGAAGAGAAAGCGAGAGAGAGAGACAGAGAGCCAAGGGGGUCACAGCUCACUGAGACAGCCGGAACAUUGCUGUGGAGGAAAUGGUGGACUAUUAUAAUAUCUUGGGAGUCCCUCAGAAUUCCUCUCAGGAAGACAUUAAAAAAGCUUACCGGAAAUUGGCAUUGCGAUGGCACCCUGACAAGAAUCCAGAUAAUAAGGAAUUUGCAGAACAGAAAUUUAAGGAGAUUGCGGAGGCAUAUGAAGUACUAUCGGACAAAAGCAAACGGGAGGUUUAUGACAAGUAUGGAAAAGAUGGAUUAAUUGGAGGAGGUGGCAGAGGCCCCAGCAUGGACACAGAGUUUCCAGGAUUUGUGUUCUCAUUCCGUAGCCCUGAUGAAGUAUUUAGGGAAUUCUUUGGUGGGCGAGAUCCCUUUGCAGAGUUGUUUGAUGACUUUGGUCCAUUUUCUGAAGUUGGAGGGCUUGACCGAUCCCGGAGAGGACCCGGAUCCUUCUUUUCAUUUUCUUUUCCUACUGGAUCAGACUUCUCUUCAUUUUCUGCAAACGUCGGCGGGAGUGGCGUGGGGAGUUUCCGAUCAGUGUCGACCUCCACGAAGCUGGUUAAUGGAAAACGUGUCACCACCAAAAAGAUUGUGGAGAAUGGUGAAGAGAGGGUGGAAAUCGAGGAAGACGGGCAGCUGAAGUCAGUCCGAAUAAACGGUGCCGAAGACCAGGUAGCCCUUGCGCUGGAGCUGAGCCGGCGGGAGCAGCAGGAUCACCAGCGGGAUUCCUUGCAAAUGAUGCACGGUCAACAGCCCGGGACCUCCCAUCCGUACUACGCCUACGACGAGGACGACUCUGAGGACGACGAGGACUUGCAGCUCGCCAUGGCCUACAGCCUCUCGGAGAUGGAAGCCCGCGGGCAGGGAGCAGGUGGGCGUGGCGGUCAAGGGAAGAGGCGCAGCAAGACGACGGGGGGAGUGCCUGCGGAUGGGGACAGGGGAGCCGGGCAUGCGGGAGCCAGCCCAAUGCGAGGGAGCCCUAAGCCUGCUGGCAGUGGAAGCCACGGCACAAACACUGGUGGCCGCAGGUCAGCGGCGUCGAGUGUAGCCAAGGGGUCGCAGGCAUCUACGGAGCAAAAGCCAGUGAAGACACACAGGAACUGGAAAUGCCUCCUCUCCUGAGCAUUGUUGGUGCUGAUUGCUAAGUGGCCAAUUCACAUUGACUCUUUUAACCAUUCACUAACCCACCUCCCGUCCCCCCAAACCCCAACAUUCUAGGAGCUGGCAGAGCAGCUGAGAAAUAUAAACAGUAAGGGCAAAAGUAAGUGGGAUUGUCAGGUCAUUGCUACUUUGAUUUAGCCAGGUCUAACACUGUUCUCAACAACAGCUUGCGUUUGCAUACCACCUCUAAACAGAGUAAAACGUCUGAAGGCAUUUCACAGGAGCUUUAUCAAACUAAAUUUGACACUGAGUCAACUCAAGGUGCUAUUAGGGCAGGCGACCAAAAGCUUGUUCAAAAAAGCAAGUUUCAAGAAGCAUCUUAAAGGGUGAGAGAGAGGUAGAGGGGGGUGGAGAGGUUUAGUGAGGGAAUUCCAGAGCUUAGGGCCCACACAGCUGAAGGCACAGCCACUGACAGUAGAGCAGUGAAAAUUGGAGAUACGCAAGAGGCCAGAAUUGACGUGGUGUAGAGAUCUCAAGAGGGUCUGGUGGGAGAUUACAGAGAUGGGGGCAUGGGAGUGAAGCCAAGGAGGGAUUUAAUCAUGAGGAUGAGAGUUUUAAAAUUGAGGUGUUUCCCAGGCGGGAGCCAGUGUAGGUCAUUGAGCACAGAGGCGAUGGAUGAACGGGAUUUGGUGUGAGCCAGGAUAUGGGAGGCAGAAUUUUGGAUCAAUUUAAGUUUGUGGAGGAUGGAAGACAUGAGGUUGGCCAGAGAGUGUUGGAAUAGUGAAAUCAGCAAAGGCAUGGAUGAGGGCUUCAGCAGCAGACAAGCUGAGGCAAGGGAGCCAUCUAAUUGAAUGGCAAAGCAAGGACUGAAUAGCCUCCUCCUGCACCUAAAGUUUUUACCCCUUUGUUUCUUAUUACGAAUGGUAUUUGGUGGGGAGAGAUGACAGAGAGUAAUGAUCUUGUGAUAUAGGUUUUGUGCUGGGGGCUCUUUUGCAAGGUGCCCUGAACAUGGUGGUGGUAGUUUGGGUGGGGAUUCCAUGGAUUCGGGUGGAAUGCCGGAUUUACACCCUACCCGAUAGAACAUUCUUGAUCAGAGAGUAAAAUUGGUCAAGAUUGUGAAAACCGCUGAGUCCUGUCAGUUUCCGGAAGGGUGAAUUAGAUUAAAACGGAAUGUAAUUCUCUUCUGCCUGAUGUGGCCUUGUAAGCAUUGGGUUUGCACAGUCUGAGACCAGUUUAUUCUGAGUAGACAUUGCAGGCCAAAUUAGACACAAAGUUCAGGAAGAGUGGUGAGUGGACCAAGGAAUUUGAGACUAGUACAGUGAAGUUGCUUAUCGGAAGCACAUUUCUGAGCAGUGUUGAGGAAACUUUACUCUUUAUCUAGCUCGUACUGUACCUGCCCUGAGAGUGUUUGACAGGGACAGUGUAGAGGGGGCUUUACUCUAUACCUAACCCCAUCUUGUACCUAUCCUGGGAUUGUUUGAUGGGGACA